GGCCGGACAACCUCAGUCUACUACCACCACGUCGCUUGCGAGACAUAGAGAAUCGUUAUCUACCAUCUAUCUGUAUUUGACUCACUGACCUCCUUGUAUAGACUCUAUUCAAUCCACAGGAUCAUCUCUCUCUUCGGAUAUGACAGUCAUUCUACCUCCGGAGUUGCUCGCCGAAAUAUUCGAAUACGAGACACCCUAUGCAGUCCUGGACUCAUUCUCCGGCCUGUGGGUCUUUUCUCGGGUGUGCAGAGCUUGGAGGGCAGCGGCACUGUCGUUUCCGCACCUGUGGUCUGACAUGAUUGUCAGCUCUGGUGACUCGGACAAACAUGCUCAGACCAACAACAGCCCCUUCGCAAUGCUCAAAAACGCACUCGUCCGGUCUGGUCACCACGACUUGAAUGUUACAUUUCACCUCCCAGAGACUUCGCAGAUAGGCAGAAUUCUCUUCUAUUUGUUGGAGAGUCAUUCUUAUCGCUGGAAAGACAUCAGCUUCAUGAUUCCGGGCGACUUCGUUGAUAAUUUCUCUUUUCGUGGGCGAAUACCAGUGUUGUCUCGACUUUUGUUGAACAAUCUGGGUCCGGCUCCGCUGUCUUUGACGAAAGUCUUCACAAUCGCACCUCACCUGAAGGAGGUGACUUUCUCAGGUGUCCAUGGAGCGAGUACGCCUUUACCUUGGGCUCAGAUAAUAUCAUUCACCGACGACCGAGAAAGUGGCGGCACUUUACCUACCUCCGAAGACGACUAUGUCCAUGUUCUCCAGAACGCGCCUACCAUGUCCUCCCUCCAUGCCUUUCGCGCCGCUACAUUCGGACCUUCAAUCUCUGCCCUCCAGAAGAUCAGGCAAACAUCCCUCCGAGAGCUUUCAGUAUCUGAAAGUGACGACCUUCGUUUCCUGACAGGUUUGGAGCUACCAAGUCUGGAUACAUUCGUCAUGCGUGUUGAAUCAGACCGCAUAUACGGAUUCCACCCAAACGCCCCUGACCACCUGCGGGUUUUGUUGACAGGAUCUCAAUCACCCCUCCAACAUCUCACAGUUACUGACAAACUGUUUACACUCAGGAUCUAUCCCCUUCUUGAGUCAAUCCCUGAUCUUGCGACGUUGACACUCGAUUUCUAUCAUCGCCCGAUUCAAAACGAAUUCAUAUCGCAUAUGGCGGAGAGGAACGGGCAGGGUGAUAUGGUCCUUCUUCCUCGCCUGAAGGAAUUGACCAUGCGAGUGGACGGCGCGCCAGUACCGCCUCAAGUCCGUGGUAUUGGAAAGUAUAGGAUCUGCGGCGAAAGCUGAAGAUUUGUUCUGCCAGGUAGAAUAUGAUAGAUUUACG